AUGGACGGGCUCCCCAAGCUAGGAGCUGAGGACGGGCCCCAUAGACGGCCGCAGUCAUCUAACAAUCUCGAGCACGAGCAGCCGUUUACUAAAUAUCCCGACACCCCAGAGCCACAGCAGCACCAGCACCAGCAGGUAAUACCGCAGACCAGCAACAACCAUAGCCCCCCGCUAGGAAACAGCACCAGCACCAGCAGCGCGCAUAACGGUGGCAGUGGGAGGUAUGCCAUGUCGCAGAUGAACCGCGACGUUGCACCGAGCGGCCUUCAACCGUCUCCCAGAGAUCCCCGGUCUGCUAUCUUAUCCCGACGCUCGCCAUCGGCCGUGUCCAUGUCCCCUCCGGUGUCUGUCCUGUCCCAGGAACGCCAGAACGAGCGUCUCUCCUCCGUCGAAUCACGAUCUCUCCCCUCACACGAUAUCACGGAUGCGAGUAUUGACGAUGCGUUUGUCGAAUUUAUCAUGUAUUGCAACCCGAGUAUACCCAGUUCCACGAACACGACAGAGCUUCGACGCAUGUUUAGGUCACCACCUCGCAGUGAAGGGAAGAACUUUAGCACCUACACGCUCUGGGAGUUGAUACAGAAGCUUGAUCGCAAGGAAUUGAGGACCUGGAUCCAGCUGGCCAUAGAACUUGGUGUAGAACCGCCGUCUGUGGAGAAGAAGCAGAGCACGCAAAAGGUUCAACAAUAUGCCGUGCGCCUAAAGGUUAGACUGGCAUUCCGUUCCCGUUAUUGUUGUCGUUGUCGUCUCUGUGUUGUUGCUAUCUUGAUCCUGACCUUCUUCCAGCGCUGGAUGCGUGCCAUGCAUAUAGAUGCCUUUUUUGAAUUCUGCUUAGGACACCAACAUCCAUAUUACACGAAGGUGCACUCACUAACCGAACAGGAGGAAGAGUGCCGUGAUGGCGUACCCAGAGAGGAAGACCUAGCCUUACGAGCCCUUGUGCCGGAGUGGAAGCCCAAACGAGGCCGCAAAAGGGUCGAUGAGGUUGGCGUUGAACCCAAACAGCAAAAGAGAUCCCGUUUAUAUACUCCAAACUCUGCAGUUGAGGGAAGUUACCCUACUGACGAGAUACCCCAAAGUUCAAUGCCCUGGAGCGCAUAUCCUGAUUCCGCCGAACACCACUCUGUCGGUUGGUCGGCAGGCCCAACGACACAGCUGGGCGGCUCAGGAACUCCUAAUCGCAUGGCAACGCCAGAGCGGCCUAUAGACAGCCAGGCCAAUUCACGGUGGAGUUUCCCCAUCCAUAGAUCUCCGCCAUUCCAAUAUCCACAGUCCGCAGUUACUCCGCGCCAUCGUGAACUUGAUGCCUUAUUCUCAAACGAGCCGCAGUCUGCUACUACGCCAUCAUCUGCAGAGAGAGUGAAUGGCAAACGGCGAGUGCGACCAACUGUUUCUUCAGCUUGGCUGGGAAAUAAUCCUUCCGCUGGAAAGGCUAGAGGUCGCCCAUUGCAGGGAGCAGGUGUCGAUGGUCCACCUUCAUCGCUUUCAACAAAUGUUAUCAUUAACCCUGACAUUCAUCCCAACGGCCCUUUACCUAUCAGCGCUCCACAUUUAGGGCCACCUAUCAGUAAUGAGGCGGCAGCAGCCAAUGUAGCCCAACCGCCUCGGAACUAUGCCCCCUCAAGACCUACCAAAUUACAUCUCCAAGUCCCAAAAUCCGCAGGGACACCGAUUCGCCUUGCAACUCCGCCUUUAUUGUUAGUCAAUGGCCAGAAUGGUUCGGCCGGUAACGCAGAUUCAACGCGUAACCCUACCGGGGAAAUCGGCCCAAAUGCAAACGAAGCGUCUGCCUCCUUCGGCCUUACGCUUGAACAAGUCGACGAAGCUCUAUCACGCGAGAUACAAGGGGCAACUCUAUUUGGAAGAACAACGCCUCUUAGCGCCGCUGAAUCUCGGGCCAUUGCCCACUCAACCCUCCAACAAGUCAGAUCACAAUGCCAUCCUGACACUUCACUAACUGUAGUCGCCAGCUACUGUGCCUUCUCCCUCGGGCUUGGCCAUAAACUUGGCCUAGCCUGUAAGGCCCCAGACCAAAUGAAGAUCAAAUUCGAACCUGGCACACCUGACGAUCGAAUCCGCGUACAUUGCCCGCCAGAUGACCCUGCCCACAAUAUCUCACGACCCCCGUUUUCUAUUAGUUAUACACUUUCUUACGACUUUUCUCCUACUCCUGGCGCCAAGUCCCAGGUGUCUAUUCGAGGUAGCGCUCCUUCGCAGAUGACGCUGGAUGAAGACAGUACAGCUCAAUAUAGCCAUUACAGGCAUGGGGAGCAACGCACAACCGUUGGCGGCGAGGACGGUAUAUCUGACGAUGAAGACAGUUUAGAAUUUGGCAUGACUGACAGGGACUGGAAACAGCGAUACUUGCUUCUACGGCAACAGACCAAAAAGAAAGACGCUGCCCUUUUGAAAUAUAAGAAACAUAUCCUUGAAGCUGUCAUGACCGAUAUCUGA